AAAAAUACGCCAUUAAUUCUACGGCGAUGGUCCCGAAACGAUUUAAAAGCAUGUCGAGGGUUGUUUUACUCGGAAGCACUUCAAUAAACAAUAUACACAAAUUUACUGACAGCAUGAGGAGAUCGGCUAUAUUCGAGAAACACAAAUUUUUCUAACUUGAGUGAUAUUUACUCCAUAAUUUUGAUGCUGAAUAAAAAUGAGUACUCGAGUGUUAAGUGAUAUUCAUAAUGAUCUGAAGCAGCUUAUAAAAAUACUUACAUCAUAUGAGGAAGAUGAAGAAGGGUUUCGAAGAUGCGAACGAUUUUGUUUAUCAACUAUCAAACAUCAUCGUUACCUUUCUGUUAACAGUCAUGCGACAAAAGAAGCUAUAAAUGCAUUGGUUACCAAAUUCUCAAUUCACGGGAAAUAUGAAGUUACCAAAAAAUUUCAGGAAUUAGUGGAUACCUUUUUAUCGAGUUUUGAUUUUGAACAACAUCCGCAAUACGAUCUGCAAUGGUGUCUGUUAACGUUUCUAUUGGACUUGUCUACUGAAACUCACAAGUCCAAUUUGGAUUGCUUGAAACUUGCUCACGGAGAAUACAAUUUUAAUGUAACUAUUGGAAGUAAGGAUAACGUGGAAGAAAUAGACUGGGCGCAGUAUUUAAAAGAAGGCCAAGAAGAUUUCUUUUGUGACUAUAAAAGCGAUGAUAGUGAAAGUGAAUGGUCCGAUGUAACGGACGAAGAUGGAACUGAGAACGAUGUUUCUUUGCCAACACAAAUAUGCAACGUGCAAUUAGAUAUUGCGCAAUCACCAAAAACUUCAGACAGUAUAACCGACAAAUAUUCCUUGGUAUUAUUGCAAAAUCUAGAAUCUAGAAAGUGGCUCUUAUCAAAUGUACAGACAGAUUGGUGGAAUAAUUUGCAGUGUCAAAAGUAUCCUGUUGCCAAACAGUCUUGCAAUGCAAAUAUAUGCGAUAUUUGGCAGGAAAGCUUGUCAUCUUUGCACAAAGUAAUUACUCUCAGCGAAUAUCAAGUGUGCAGAGAGCUGUUAUGGAUGUUUUAUGUACAAACAUCGAUGGUGGUGUUUCAGCGAGAAAAUGAAUCAAGAUUCUCAAUACGUUCCAACGUAUCUAUUCCAAGUUUGACAACAACUGCUUUCAAAAGUAUCCUUUUACCAUUCUGUGAAUGCUUUUCAAUGAUACGUGACAUGAAAAAAUUUGACGCUGACUUACAAAUGGAUCAGGAUUCGGGAUGUCAGAGCCCUCCUCUGACUUACGAAGCAUACAAUGCCGCGCUUAAAUAUCACCUGCACGAAUUUAACAAUAAAAUUAUUGAUGUUGAGAAAGAUGUUAUGAAACAAGAGAAUUGCAACACAUUUCUAUCGCUAUCAGUUGGCCUGAGGAAACACAUGAACACCGUAAAGAUACUUUACGAUAUACAUCAGAAAGUUAUAACCGACUGGAAAAUCAGCCCCAAUUGGAAAUGCGCAUCUCGGCUGUUGUCUUUCUUGUAUUGUGAAAUGCAAAAUUCUCAUAGCCUAGAAAGAACGAAUAUCUGUACAAAUUUGUAUUUAUGUAGCCUUACGGUUUAUCUCAACAUAAUCGACACAUGGUUGAGUGAAGGACGUUUGGAGGAUUGGAGAGACGAGUUCAUAAUUGCGAGAAGUGCGGAAGACGCGUUGGCGGAGGAUGGUGAACAAAGUGAGAAAUUUACGGUACGGUUGUACGAUGAUGUUUGCUCGACGGAUCCAAUCAUGCAAUUCCUACUGCAGAAAGUACAGCAUAUAGGUCACAGCAUUGAAUUGCUUGUUUCUUUGGAUCGAAUCACCGAUAUAUGGAGGAUAGACAGCGAAAGUAAUGAUAUGAGAAUCUCAUUGAAUACCGAGCUUCAAAAUAAACUACUAUCGGAGAUAUCGAAGUAUAGUCCGUCAGUCGAAGAGACAGACGCAGCUGUGUUGCAGAUAGAUGAAAUAUCAUUACAUGAAUAUGAUGAUGAUGUUGAAAAGAAUGUGAUACAACAAUUGUCAGAUCUGCAUAAUCCAUUCUUCAUGAAAGCUAUGGAAGACUAUAUGCCACCUGAAUUGUGUAAAAACGACACGGUGGAUACCUUUCACGCAGUGGACGCGGCUCACACACGGUCUGAUACACGCAACUCUCAAAUGAGAGAGGAUCAAAUACAUAAUUUAUAUAAAAAGUUACAAAAGAUGAAGUAUAUUUUGCCACUGCGAAACGUCCUGGAGAAUACAUUAUCCGAGAUAUUGAUUUUCCGCUACAACAGUGCUAGCAAAUUAGUAAAGAACAUUAUGGUCGAGGAAUACAAGCUGCAGACGCAUCUGAAACUAUUGAGAUUCGUUUACAUGAUGGAAGCUGGGCAUGUCAUGAAUAAAUUUUGCCAGGUUUUGUUUCACGAGAUCGAAAACAAUCAAAUGUGGUCUAAUUCGUAUUUUCUAUCGUGUAUCCUCGAGGAAGUGUUUUCUCAAUAUUGGCCGGACACGAGUUUACGCUGGUCCAUCACGGUUCAUCACAGUAACAUUAAUACUCGUCAAGUACUGCAGGCUGUAAAUAAUAUAACACUGCAUUACACGGUGGAGUGGCCUAUAAGCAUAAUGCUAACUGAAAAGGUCCUGGAAAAGUACAAUGAGAUAUUUCGAUUCCAGCUGAAAUUGAAGUGGGCUUUGUGGACGUUGAAUAAUUUGAGAUUUUGCGAUCUGGAAGGUUCCAAGUCCCCGUGUAUACGGGACAGGCUGGAACAGUUCCAUGUGAGACGUAUCGAGAGCUUGAAAUUUUGGUUACUGCACGCGAUAGGAUCUAUACACACGUACAUAUCAGGUCAGGUGUUGCAAAGCCUAGGUUUCAUACUGGAAAAAGUUCUGGCCCAGGCGGAUAAUCUCGAUACAAUUAUAUCAGUGCACAAUGAGUACUUGAGCAAAGUUCAUGAGCAUUGUUUGUUGACGGAAGAGUUCGAAGAUCUAAUGACAACCAUAAAUAAUAUGAUUGAAAUGUGCGCCCACGUACGAGACAGAUGGUCACGUAGAAUAUUGUUAGCCGAGGAAUUAAACGUGAUGGAACACAGUUACACAAAGUACCAUACAUAUCUCGCUUUAGCUCUGCACAAUGCAGUGCAGCAUAAGGACGCGGAUUAUUGUAAGUUUCAGAAUUUAUUGGCAAUACUUAGUGUAUUUCAAGAUAGUUGCCCGCAGUUCCGCGGUUCAACCGCGGUCAGUGAUAAGUGAUUCUUGCGAACAAUCGUAAAAUCGGUGAAAUAUAACAUUUUAUUUAUUAUUUUCACGACAAUAACUGAGAUAUAUCAACAAUUAACAUGUAUUCACGUGUGACAUCAUAGAUAUACUUUUGUCGCUCGAAAAAUAUUCAUACCGUAUUAAUGAAUGUCAAAGAGAAUGAUUAAUAGCUGCAUGAUUAACGUUUAAUGAUUAAUUAUACAGCUUCCAAUAUGUGUGUAACGUUUCUCCCUUGCUUUAUUUACAGUGACUGGCUUAAGUUCAGCCUUUAAUUGCAGUAUGCCGUGUGCUUAAUUUUGUAUUAAUAGAGAAUGCCACUCGUUACUAAUUUAACAGCAUUACCGAUGUGACUCCUGAUUUCCCCCGUUGUGGGAUUAACAGCGACAUCAAUUCCACUUCAUUUGUACCAAUUACCGCUUUGUACCACAACGAUUAUGAACUUUUCAUAGUAGUACUUGGCUAUGCUGUUGUUCCUAGAUCAGUGUAUCUGUUAUCUUGCAUAUAAUUAAUAUCCUUUAUUUUUUAUACUAAUUAUUUUAGAUUUAUAAAUAUAUUACGCGGAUAUCUAUAACAUAUCGGUAUAAUGUAAAAUUAUGUAUUUAAUAUUGAAUUUACUGAUUUUAUACGUAAGAGAUAAAGAGAGAG